AUGUUGGCUUUCAAAGAAACCUUGUUGCACUGUGGGCUGGAAGACCUAGGGUACCAUGGGCACCCUUUCACUUGGCGUAGUGGUAGACCUAGUGAGGCCUUUGUAGAAGUAAGAUUGGAUCAAGCAUGCGCAUCGUCGGAGUGGCGGAGCGUGUUCCCAUUGGCAAAAGUAGCUCACUUGCAGGGACAGACUAGGCAUAAGCGCCUCCACCGUUUUGAGGAACGUUGGGUGGCACACGAGGGAUGUGAAGAGGUGAUCAGGGAUGCAUGGAGCUACCAUCCACCCAAUGGAAGCCUUAUGUUCAAGCUCUUCGAGAAGAUUAAGUGUUGCAGAAUGAAACUGGUGGCAUGGAGCUGA